UCUUCUUCUUCUUCAUGCCAAUCCCAUAUCCAUUCCAAGAAAAUGAUUCUUGCCCACCAAACUUCCCCUCUUUUUCUCCACAAAUUCCAUCCCAAAACUGCUUCUAAGUUGAGGUGUAUGCCCAAGAAAUUCACUGUUUCUGCUUCCCGUAACACCAUGGCUGCUGCCGCUGCUGCUGCUGCCUCUGGCUCUGGUGCCACUGUCCAUGGGACAGUCAUUUCUGCCAUUUCCCAAGUGGCUGUUAUUGCCUUUGCUAUUGCCUCUGGAGCUUGUCUCUUCACUAAGGUUGACUUUUUAUGGUCCAAAGUGGAGGAGCAACAAGUGGUGCAGCCUCAAAUAUUUAGGAAGCUACGAGCUUAUCUGACCUCAAUGUGGAACCCCAGAAAUAAAGGAGGAUAUCCCAGACGAAUAUCUGCAAAAGCCAGGGGGUCUUCUGUACAGGAAAACAAUUCAGCGCAUGAAGAUGAAGCUUCUAUGAGUGAUGAAGAUAUUAAUAUCAUAAAGGAUCUUUUGGAUGCAGUGGUUCAUUUUGACAUCUUAUUGGAUCGGAGAAAACAUACCAAUUUUCUUGAUAAUCUUGGAAGAAGUUCAGAGAUGGAACCAAAACUUAAGGUUGUGCAGGAUGCUGGAAUUGUGCUGGCAUCUCUUCUUUGCAAGGAGGCACUUGAGAGGGAGCCGUUCAUAUCAAUUUCUUAUGUUCCAGGGAUGGAGGUUACUUUAUCUAGCUGAUUAAACUGCUUGUACUUUGUAUGGUAUCUACAGCAAGAUGAAAAGGAAAGAUGUUGGAAUCAAUAAAAUAUAUGAUGCAUGUGCACUGAGGGUAGUUUUUGGAGACAAGAACGGAACCCUAAAUGGUCCUGCAGUUUAAUGUUGCUACAGUUUCUCAACAUUGUAUGCAGGCUUUGGACUCCAAUUGACGGUGAAUUUGAUGAUUUCAUUGUUAACCCAAAGUCCAGUGGCUAUCAGUAAGUAUGGAAAACAAAGAUUUGAUACCAUCCAAAGAGCAACAAGUGGACAAACCUUGCCAGUUGGGUUUUAUGAACAUGGAAGCAAUAAUUGAGGUUGAUAAUGAACGACCGCCAUAUUCUCUUCCUCCCCGCAUAUCUCAACCUUACCCUUGGCUUGUUAUAUGUCAUGGAGAGUUUGAUCAAAGGCAAACCUUUUUCAGCAUAUCACAAUAUCGGUAUUACACUAAA